AUGGCGUCGUCACUCCCACACUUAGACGAUGAUUCCGUCUCCCCUUCCCCUCGCUCCGAUCACUUCCAAGACGUUCCUCCGCGUGUCCGCUUCAUGUGUAGUUUCGGCGGCAAGAUCCUCCCCCGUCCCUCCGACAAUCAACUCCGUUAUGUCGGCGGCGACACCCGUAUCGUCGCCGUCAAUCGCUCUAUUCCAUUCUCCGCCCUGGUCCACAAACUCUCCAAACUCUGUGGCAUGAGCAACAUAACGGCAAAGUACCAACUUCCAAACGAAGACCUAGACGCGUUGAUCACCGUUACAACAGACGAAGACGUGGAGAACAUGAUAGACGAGUACGACCGCGUCUCACAGAAUGAAAACCCACGAGCGGCACGGCUUCGUGUCUUCCUCUUCCCUGAAGGCGAGGAUUCUCGAGCCAACAGCAUAAGCUCGCUCUUAAACGGCUCAACCAAAAGAGAAAACUGGUUCAUGGACGCUUUAAACGGUGGCGUUUCAGGACUCGAACGAGGUCGCUCAGAAGCUUCUUCUAUGCUUUCUGAAGUACCCGAUUAUUUAUUCGGGUUGGAUAAUAACUCCGAAGAAACAAACCAAAACCUUCGCGAAUCACGACCUAAGGAACGUCACCUUCUUCAACAACAUGACAACGUUUCGAAUUCGGAUCCGGGUUCUCCUGCUCCGGUUGUUUCUUCACCGUUUUGCUCAACUUCAUCAGUGUUGAGUGUUCCUUCUAUCCCGAAUCUUCCACCGGUUAAAACCAAACUCGAAAACCCGGUUUCUGAUUUCAAAGAAAAUCAAAACGAAACUGUUUUUCAACCGCAAUUGAAACCGAAUGUUUACCAGAUUAACCCUGCAGUACACUACCCUCAACCACAAGCACAAGUUUCACAUGCACAAGAGGCUGCAUAUUCGGGUCAUCAUGCACAACCGGUUCCGGUUUACUAUAUUUCUGGUUCGGUUCAACCCGGAAAUAUGCCGAUCCAACAGGUUCAUUAUCCAUUCGUUCAACAACCUUAUCAUGCAGCUAUGCAACCUCAGGUUCCAAUUGGGUAUCAUCAUAUGGUUCCGGGUUCGGGUCAAGUGUAUGGUGCAGGGAUGAGGCAUGUGGCCCCAGUGCAGCCCUACAGUCCCACUGCUGCGGUCGCUCGUGACGGUUUGAAACAACAAGUGUAUCAAGCUGUGCCGAACCCCGGUCCAGUACCGGUUUACCAUGCGAUGGCAGUGACUGGUGGGGAUGAACCGCAAAGAGGUGGAACGGAGUUUGGAAUGGGUCGGGGCAUCAACCCGCCGAAUAAUUGA